UCCUAUUCCUCUCAGUGUCAGUGUCGCCGCGGCGACGGUGUGACUCAGGAUUCCAGGCAGGGCUCCGGCGCUGGAGACAUGAACGGCUGCUGCGUCGUCAAGGUGAUCGGCCUGACAGACAUCCAGGUCCAGAAGGACCUGGAGAGCUCCAAAGUGCUCCAGCACCACCGGGCCCAGACGCAGCAGGUGAAGCAGUACCUGUCUCUGACCGGACCGGGUCAGGGCCUGGACCCAGGGAGGAGCGGGCGUCUGCACACGGACCCCCCGGAGAGCCACACCCCGCUGCUGACUCUCACCACCGCGCACGACAGCGAGUUCCCAAUGGAUCAUGUGAUUGAAGACCUAAUGAGCCUUGAAUCUGGGUUCAAAGACGACGAUUUAGGAUGUCUGGAGCCCAACUCCUUACUGCAAGCCAGCGCUCACCUGAGCAGCAGCCUGCUGGACCUGUAUGGAGGUGAACAUGAACACGACACGAGAGUGCAGGCUAAAGAGCGACAGAAGAAAGACAAUCACAACAUCAUUGAAAGAAGAAGAAGAUACAACAUUAAUUACAGAAUAAAAGAACUGGGAACCAUGAUCCCGAAAUCCAACGACCCGGACAUGCGCUGGAAUAAGGGCAGCAUCCUGAAGGCCUCGGUGGACUACAUCAAGUGGCUGCAGAAGGAGCAGCAGCAGGUCCGUGAGCUGGAGAGCAGGCAGAGGAGGCUGGAGCAGGCCAACCGCCGACUGCUGCUGCGCAUUCAGGAGCUGGAGCUGCAGGCCCGAGUGCACUGCCUCCCCGGCAUGGGCUCUCCCCCGGGGGGUCCGGAGCCCCCCCCGCAGCUCCUGAAGGCGGCCCCGGCCCCGGCCCCGGCCCCGCCCGUGUACCAGGAGGGCCCCGGCGGGGAGUACCUCCAGCAGGAGAGCCCGGACCUCCUGUCGCACUUCAGCGACUUCUUCAGCGCGGCCCUGAGGAAGGAGCAGGGCCUGGAGCAGCUCCUGCUGGACGCCCCGCUCUCCCCCUUCGGGGGCGCCUCGCUCCUGCCGCCCUCCUCCUCCUCCUCCUCCUGCUCCUCCUCCUCGCCCGACCCCUCCCCCCCGGCCCCCCUCUCCCUGUCCCACACCUCCUCCGAGACCUCCAAGGGCAGCAGCCGGAGGAGCAGCCUCAGCACGGAUAACGCCGACGACCUCUGACCUCCUCCCGCCCCGGAGUCAGCCGCUGUCCCAGAAUUCCACCGGGCAGAGACCCGCCACUUCGCUGCUUCCCUGACCACAGUCUGUGAAGAACAUCUUCUUCUCCUUUUAAAUAUAUUUUGUUUACUUUCCAUAAUUCAUCGUUUUACACAUUUUAGACUUGAGAUUGAAUAUAUAUUGUGCUUGGUCUGAUCACUGUAAUUAUAAAAUAUUUACAAAAUAAAA